CUUCUAAAUUGGACAAAUGUACUCUUGUUAAGUGGGAAGAGUAUCGAAAUACUAUUGAUGACAUUCCAACUUUGAAACAAUUUCAAAGAUUUUUAAUCAACCGUGCAGAUGUGUUAGAAUCUUUAAAUCGCAAUAAGGUUGGCACUUAUAAUGAAUCACAAAAUAAUUCCAAAUUACAAUUCACGCCACGUCUCUCACAACUAAAUUCACAAAAAAAUAAUCAAUCUGAUAAAAAGAAAAUUACUAAUUCAUUUUCUACAUCUAAUCAAAAUCAAUUAAAAGUUUAUCUUUGCAUAAUUUGUAACGGAAAUCACAGAAUUUAUGACUGUCCUACAUUUAAGUCUAAAAACAUUCAAGAUAGGCUGUCGUAUGUAAAUAAAUAUAAAUUAUGUCGAAAUUGCCUCAGACAAGGGCAUCCUGUCAGUGACUGCCGCAUGGGUUCAUGUCGACAAUGCCAGCAAAAACACAACACUCUCCUCCAUAAUUCUAAUGAUGACGUCACUGCCAACUUCAGCACAGAUGAGCAAGUUGAACCAAACGAAUCUGUAGCAGCCUUUUCUAGACAAAUGUCCAAGCAUGUUCUCCUAUCUACAGCAUUGAUAGAAGUUUUUAACCCUAUUAAUAAGCAGGUAGAAAAGGUUCGCGCUCUCUUGGAUUGUGGCAGCCAGUCUUCAUUUAUCACUAAAUCCCUGCAACGGAGAAUGUCACUAAGAACUUGCCCAUUGCAGGCAAUAAAUGUCAUUGGGAUUGGCAAUGAUUCUUCUAAUACAGUGUACGAAGGCUGUCUCACUCAAAUAAAAUCUCUAAAUAGCAACUACAGCGUUACUCUUUCAUGUCUUGUUCUCAACGAAUUGACGGGCCGCUUACCUAAGACCCCAGUUGAUAUUCAAGCUCUCAAAAUACCUAAUUCUAUUACUUUGGCGGACCCUGAGUUCUACAAGCCAGCUCCGAUUGAAGUUUUAAUUGGAGCAGAUAUCUUCUGGGACAUUCUAAACAGCGAACAGCUUUCUUUAGGUCCUAAUAAUCCUAAAUUGCAAAAUUCUAAAUUCGGCUGGAUAAUAGCUGGCCCAAUCAACAAUUAUUUUAGCAAAGAAAUUCAUUGCAAUCAUUCCGGAAUUGCAAACCCUACAUGUAACGAAACUCACAAAAUGCUCACAAAAUUCUGGGAGCUUGAAGAGCUUCCCCCAAAAACUUUUCGAAGUCAAAAUGACAUAGCAUGCGAAAAACACUUUCUAAAUACCACCACUCGCAUAGAAAGCGGCAGAUUCUGUGUGAAGUUACCUCUAAAGGACUCACCUGACUGCCUCGGCGAUUCAUACUCUCAAGCUAAAAAACGAUUCCUAAAUCUUGAGAAAAGACUUAGACGAAAUAAAGAACUAAAAUCGAAAUACGUUGAAUUCAUUCGUGAAUACGCUGAUAUGGGCCAUCUAUCUGAAUCACCUACUCUUAUUCCAAAUCCAUCAUAUUUUUUGUGUUGUGGUUGGACAGGAAUGUGGGGACGAAAUAAUCAAAAACAUCAUUCAGCACGACUUUUAUGUCGAUGAUCUAAUCACCGGCUGUGAUGAUGAAGAUCAACUUAAAUACGUUCAAAAUUCAGUUUCAAAUGCUCUAAAUUCAGCUUGUUUUCCUCUACGAAAGUAUAAAACUAAUUCAAAAAAACUUGUUUCAAAGUUUACACGAAAUUAAUUUAGAACAUUUGACAAUCAGUGAGUCGUCGAGCACUCUCGGACUUUGUUGGGAUCCAUCAAGGGAUCCAUCGAAGGAUGUUUUUAAUUUUCUCAUCGAAAUUUCACUUCAUAGUGACAAAAUCACAAAGAGACUUAUCCUCUCAAGUUCAUUUCGAAUCUUCGAUACUUUAGGUUUCUUGAGCCCGUGCAUUAUUCAACCAAAGAUUUUGCUCCAAAAAUUGUGGCUCAAGGGUGUUGAGUGGGAUGGACCUGUGUCGAAGAAGACUUACCUGAAGUCAAGGUUCAUACAGCCGUCGAAUCUGAAAUUAAUUUUGAUUUAAAAAAAUAUUCUAAAUUUACAAAACUUCAAAGAACUUUUAGUUACAUUUUACGAUUUUUCCACAACUCUAAAAAACAAAAUAAUAAUAAUAAACUUACCGGCAUUUUAUCAAUUGACGAAUUAAAUAAUUCUUUUAAUUUUAUUUGCAUGCUGUCUCAAAAACAAACUUUUACUUAUGAAUUUGAUAAGUUGUCAAAUAGUAAACCUUUAAGCCCAAAUUCAAAUAUUUUAUCGUUAUCUCCAUUUUUUGAUCAUCAAGCGAAUCUUAUAAGAGUCGGUGGCAGGCUCAGUUCAUCUGAAUAUAAAUUUGAAAAGAAGCAUCCCAUUCUUCUAAAUUCAACGCAUCAUGUGACGAAGCUUCUAUUUGAACGCGAACACGUUCGAUCUCUGCAUGCAGGACUGCAACUUCUGUUGUCGAUUAUCCGCGAGUCUGUUUGGCCUGUCAAUGGCAGAAAACUAGCUAGGCGCGUAGUCAAAAACUGCGUUAGCUGCACACGUCUUCGUGGUCAGACCUAUAAUCCAAAAAUGGCUGACUUACCUGCAAAUCGCGUCAACGUUGACUUUCCCUUCAAGUCUGUUGGAGUAGACUAUGCGGGCCCUUUCUUCAUUCUAAAUCGUAAAGGACGCGGUGCUAGAGUAGUUAAGUGCUACUUAUGUCUGUUUGUGUGUUUGCGCUUCAAAUGCAUUCACUUAGAGGUCGUAUCUGAUUUGACAAAAGACGCUUAUAUUAUGACACUUCGCAGAUUUGUGGCACGCCGUGGAAAGCCAACCGAAAUAUUUUCCGACAACGGUAAAAUUUUUGUUGCUGCCGCGAAAGAACUAAAUAAUUUUCUAAAGGCUAAUCAAGAACCUCUGUCUGAGUUUGCUGCUCAGGAGGGAAUAAAAUUUUCUUUUAUCCCCGCUUACGCUCCUCACUUUGGUGGAAUAUGGGAGGCCGGGGUUAAGUCCGCUAAACAUCAUAUAAAGCGAGUCAUGGGCAAUACCCAUCUUACGUUUGAAGAGCUUUCGACAUUGUUUGCUCAAGUUGAGGCUAUUCUCAAUAGCCGUCCUCUAUGUCCCAUGUCAUCUUCCCCGAAUGACUUCCUAUCCUUGUCCCCAGGGCACUUUUUAAUUGGAAGACCAUUGAAUGCACUACCGGCUCCUUCAUUGGAUGACGCUAAAGAGAGCUCCCUGGAUAGAUAUGGCAGACUUGAACAAAUCCGCCAACACUUCUGGAAGAGAUAGCAGAAAGAGUAUAUAUCAGAAAUGCAACUACGAACAAAAUGGAAGGUUGACAAAUCAAAAAUAAACAUUGGAGACCUCGUACUGCUUCAAGAGGAUAAUUCUCCACCACUUUGUUGGCGCAUGGGUCGUAUUGUACGAUUAUUCCAUGGAACUGACGGCGUUUGUCGAGUUGCGGACGUCGAAACUACAAGAGGCUGCGUUCGAAGACCUUUGGUUCGACUAUGUCCUCUGCCCACUUCUGAAGACCUUCAAGCUUGAAAAUCUACGCUUUUCACCGGGGGGAGGAUUAUGUCUACGCCUGUUAAUUUAUAAUAGCAAUCGCGCACCCACCAUCAUAGAUUAUCAUUUUUAUUUUUAUUUUAUUAUAUCGGGUAGAAUGUAUUUUUUUCACUUAUCUAAAAAUCUUUGUACAAAGGUGUGUCGGUCUCGAAAAUAAAUUGUUUUUAAAAGGAAUAUUGAGUUUCCCUAAAGAAAUUCCAGUUCCCAAGCCUAAAGCGGGAACAGUAUACAAUUCCUUGAUUUCAUACAUUUCCGGUAACAUAUACAUAAACAUAAUGAGUAGUUAGGUAGGUACAUAUUUAAAUUUCAAGUUUAGUAUGACAACUAUAUUAGAUUAUUUUUCCGACCCAAAUAUCGACCAAUAGAAUUGCACCAUUCGACGUCACGUGGUACAACCUACAUGGUAGUAUCAUUGGGUAGUAUACUGAUAAUUUUUUGAAAAUUUUCUCUGGUCGUUGACGUCAAACUGACAGGUUGAAUUCAAUUGUGAAAUUAUUGGCCGACAUUUGGGACGGAAAAAUAAUCC